AUGGCCUCGCUCAUAUCGAAGCUGCCCAUCGAUGUGCAGACGCUUCUCCCGCGCUCGGGGGGCUACCCAGAGGUGAAGAAGCUUCCCCAGCCGGGCGACAUGGCGCCUGCGCUCCUCGACGAGAACUGGACCUCGGCACCGCACCUCGUCGCCUUUGUCCGACACUGCGGCUGCCCCUUUGCCCAGGCCGAAGUCGAGUCGCUGGGCCGCGCGCUCAAGGCGCACCCAAACGUUCGGAUCGUCAUUGUCUCGCACAGCUCCGACGAAGUUGUCAAGGACUGGUUUGAGCGCGUGGGCAAGGCCAACUUCCCCGACGAGGCAAAGGACGUGAGGCUCGUGGCCGACCCCAAAUUCGAGCUGUAUGCCAGCUGGGGCAUCGGACAAAUGGGCUACUCGGGCAUGCUCAACAGCGAUAUGAUCAAGAGCCUCAAGGAGCUCGCAGCGCAGGGCAUCAAAAACACCGAGACGGGAGAGGGAAGCUACCGAUGGCAAAACAGCGGCGGCUUUGCAGUCGACCACGGCGGCAAGGUCCAGUUCUCCAAGCUGGCCUCUCACGCCGGCGACACCGUCAACUACGAAGAGGCGGUCAAGACGGUUCUUCAGAAUUGA